CAAUAUCGUAGCGAAAAGAUAACGGUAGGCGAACUUUUACUGUCGCAUACCGUGAUUUUACAAACGGAUGCAGGUUUAUGUUGACGCUUAAAAUUAGUGCGUGUAUACUGAGAAGCGUGGAGUGGAAGAAACAUUUCACAAUGUAGUAAAGUUGGACAACAGCGUAUGAAUCAACACACGUGGGAGGUUGUUAAAUCAAUACAGAAUAUCGUGGUUCGUCGGUUACAAAGUAACUAUUGACACAAUUAUUAAUCCGUGGAUAUUUGACUACCUGUUGGUAGAGACAUUUAAUAAUAUAAAUUUAAUCCAUUGAGACCAUGUGAAGAGACUUUCUUGCAACGAAAAAUAUCAUAAAAGCGGAAAUUAUCGUCCAUAAUUAGCCUGUGUGGAAUGUAACCCCUUUUUCACAGAGCACGGUCCAAAUAGAAAAUGUUUAUUCAGGUAAACGAAAUACGUGUGUGCUUUUAUGCUUCAAACGCCUGAGCAUAAGCAAAUGGUUGUACAAGACAACCCGGUCACAGAUUGGAUCAGUUACAAUUAAAAUUGUUUUGACCGACACAUGAAAAGGGCGGAACGAGUUUGCUAGGGUAUAUUUCAAAGUGCUGAGAUCGAUUACUGAAAUACGAUCCACAAAAUGCAAUUAUACAAUACCAAAGGCCUUAAAUAUGCAUUUUGUGGGACUGGUGUAGCGAUAGUUUUAUACGUGUUUUAUAUUUUAAGCUAUCUUUAUUCGGAAUUUAUCACGUGCACGCAUACGUAUUACCGCUGCACCGGAUGUGACGUACCUGAUAUUCCAAAGGAUAUCCCUACUCAUAUCCACCAGGUGUUCUUCUUCGAGACGAGUCCCGAACUUCCGGCGGACCUCAGGGCGGCACGCCAAACGUGUCUGGAUUUACAUCCGGGUUACGGCUACACAUUAUGGAACAAGACGACGGUCAAUCAGCUCAUCGACGCGCACUAUCCGGAUAUCCGGGAGCUCUACGAGAGCUACGACCACUGGGUGAAGAGAGCGGAUGUGGCCCGCUACCUGGUCAUUCAUCACUAUGGCGGCUGGUACCUGGACAUGGAUAUCAAAUGCAAAAUGAGUUUAGAGGAAGUUCGCACGAACGCCCAACGUAAUGGAAGUACCGUCGUCGUCCGUCCAACAGAUCCCAAUGGCUUCUCCAACGACUUCAUCGGCGCCACACCACGUCAUCCGUUCAUGAGUGAUGUCAUCAACUCCCUGCGCUUCUCCAACAAAUGGUUCAUCUUUCCCUAUCCAUCAACCGUGUUUGUCACUGGUCCCACCUACUUUUGGGGACGGUAUCUCAACUACCCGAGGCAUGAGCAGUUCUACAUCGUUAACAACUACACGUCAUACCUUCACUUGUUGCACGGGUCGUCGUGGCACACGUGGGAUGGUGACGUCAUAUGGUAUUUCUUUAACCGCGCGGGACAAUUCUGGGGCCUUCUUCUGACUUCACUUACCGUAUUUCUCCUCGCGUGGUGCUGUGUGAACUACAGGAGAAAUAAAAAUCGGAAAUCCAAUACAAAUACUGUAUUGUAAUGCCAUAUAUUCUUUUGAUAAGAAUGUUACAUAUUUUUUAUAUAUAUUAUAUACAUAUGUUUAUACGAACAUGUUAUUGCUCAUUUUAUGCGUCUAUAAUUAUUCACAAUUGUAACUGUUUUAUGUCAAACAUGAAAACGAUUUAUUCUAUAAAUCUGUUUUUAAUGUUAAAUUUAUUACGGAUAAGAACGAAGCUUCCAAUUUUCGAAAACCUGCCUAAUACUAUUAAUUGAAUAUGACAUGCCGGUUCGAUUUUUCGACAUCUGUUUACAAAACGACGUUGAUACAACUGCAAAGUCGCUGUUAUUGAGACAACUGUCGUCAUGGUUUUAUAAAGCUGUCGUCAUUUUUGUAGUUGGAAAACAGUAUGGUAUUUGGAAAGUUGCAAGCUAGUGUGCAUACCGCUGAUAUUCAGUUUUUCCCAGCAAAUCACAGAACGUCGAUGGCAGUAAAAGUAAUGAACGAUUAACACAACGGUGUUAACUCUUUUAUUCCCAUUACUGCAUCACCAGCGAGCCGCGUAUAACAACGGUCUAUUGAUCUUUAUUACCUGAAGUCGUUUAUUGAUUUCUACAUCAGCCAGAUCGCGCGUCACGCGAUGAACUAUUUUCAUUUUAACCCAUUUAUGUCUAGCGUCUAGAAAAAAAGACCUUUGCAAACAGUGCAGACCCAGAUGAGACGCCUCAUCUGGGCCUGCGCUGUUUGUUUAAAGAAAUGUCUAUAAGAAAUAUUCUAAAUAUAGAAAUAAAUAUACUAGACAUCCCUAAUUUUGGAAAUAAAUGUAUCCAAUUUAGAAGGAUGGGAGAGUCCACUAGGCAUAAAUGGGUUAAGAAGCCGCAGCAACAGCGAGAAGAUCGCUGCAGUGUACGCCUCCGUUCCAUAUUGACAACUUUGAACUAUAACGUUAUCAUUUCAAUGUCACAGUUUCUAUGGUAAAUUUGAAAUAUUGGAUCUGAACCUUUAUCGCUAUGGAUUCAAAAUAGUUUUGUAAUUCGCUACGCUAUUUGCGUAAGUAAUAUGGCAAAUAAGUCAUAGUUAUUUCUCACACCGUUUAUAUUAAAGGGACCUUUUUACAGAUUUUUGCAUGUAUUGAAGUUUGUCAUUAAAUGCUUUAUAUUGAUACAUGUUAACAGUGAAUCUAAAAUGCUCCAGUAAAAAUCCAAAAUAUAAUCAAAGAAUUUUUUCCAACCCUAAGUUGAGCUCGAAUCACUGACCCCUGGAGUAAAAGACAAACGGUUAGACCACCCGUGCUCAUUCAAUGAAUGAUGUAUUUUAUACUUUAUAUAGGCAAUCCUCGUAGUAUCCCAAAAUAUAACGACAUCAACACGACUCUCCACAUUAAACAAUCGUUGGCGUUGCAACGCUUUCUAAUUUUAAGGUUUUUAAAUCGUCAAAAGAUGCAUAUAAUUGAUAUUUUAGAGCAUGGUAUAUGCUCAGUAAUACUGUUUCCUCAUUAAUAUCAUAACUACUACGAAAAUUUGCGAAUUUGAAACAUUUUUUUAUUUUGUCAAUUUACCGAAACGUGAAAAGGUCCCUUUUAAUAUAUCAAUGCGAACAUGCUUCCCUAGGAUGACGUAACGUUGUACAUAAAGCGUUUCAAUAUAAUACGCGUUUGUUUUGCAGACCAGACGAUUUAAAUUCCUUACAGUUGAAGUCGAAAUAAGAUUUUGAUUGGUUUUACUAUUUAUAUGUAAAUGACAAAGUAUAAAGGUGUCCCACUAAAAUGUAAACUGGUUUAAUGUUUCCGUUUUGACAUGAUGAACAUUAAGCAUGUGAGUACUAUUUAGAAACUUUGCGAUAAUAUAAGGGACUAAUUUAAAAAUACUGGGAGAAAAACAUUUAUUGUUUUGAAAUAAUGAUAACUUAAUCCCACUUCUUCAAAGAUGCAAAGAAGAUAACUUCGAUAUUGAUUUUUUUUCGCCGACAUAUAACAUGACUAGUUUAUUUCCGUCGUUUAAAAGUUUGGACAUGAUUAUAUAUCUAGGGGCUUAAAAAAGGAAUAUUCGAAUACAUUCGAACACGGCUAAAAUAAUUAUAUGCUUUCAGUAAUUGUCCCCACUCUUAAAAUGUAUGUAAACAUAAGUAUAUUUAUGAUACAACCUUUUACAUAUGUUAUUUUUAUACUUUGUAUAGUAAAUUAUAGCACAAUACUUUGUUCAAUUUAACCGAAAUAUUGCUCAAUAUUUACCUGAUAUGUUAAAUAGCUGUGUGUAUAUAUAUAUAUAUAUAUAUAUAUAUAUAUAUUAUUUAAUCAAUGUGACUACAUACCUAUAAAAUAAAGGCCAUUCAUUGGCUUUUGUUUGCACUAAAAUGCAUUGGCUGUGUUGUAGUUUUUCUACCAUUGUUUAUGUAAGUUUCUUUAGUUAUAGGAAUAUAACAACACAAUUUGUUAAUAUUGCUAUGUAAUUGUUUUCUUUGGUGCCAAACUCUUCCGCAUAAGGUAAUCAAAUGUGUUGACGAGUUUCAGGUAAAAGUUAUUCAAACAAUAAAGUUUGACUUAAA